ACUUAUUGAUGCAGGCAUACCUUGCGUGAGCACUUUUGUGUUAGACUAUAUGCAUUUGAUUUGUUUAGGAGUAGUAAAACGUGUUCUAGUCUUUUUGUCUCGGGGUCCAAAAGUGUGCCGGCUAUCUGCAAGACAAAAAGAUGAGAUCUCAGAAAAACUAAACAAGCUGAAUGGAUCCAUGCCAAGUGACUUUGCAAGGCAGCCCAGGGGUUUGAGGGAACUGGAUAGAUGGAAAGCCACUGAAUUUCGACAGUUUGUUUUAUAUACUGGACCAAAUGUUCUUCGAAAUGUAGUUUCACGUGAAGUGUAUACUCACUUUUUGACAUUGACAGUGGCUCUGUCAAUCCUGCUGAGCUCUGAUGAGAACACACGACGUUCAUAUAUUGCAUAUGCUGAGGAGCUUCUAAAAUACUUCAUUAAAAGGUGUGAUGACCUUUAUGGAAAAACAUUUGCAGUCUACAAUGUGCACUGCCUGUUGCAUCUGCAUGAAGAUGCUUCUCGCUUCAACUGUUCACUAAAUGACAUCUCAUGUUUCCCAUUCGAAAAUCAUCUGCAAGUAAUAAAAAAAUUGGUCAAAAAUAGCCACAAUCCAAUCGCUCAAGUAACAAAGCGGAUGAGUGAGAUCGAAAAUGCAAAGAAAGGCAUCAACAAGCCUCAAGAGCCAAGGUCAUGUUUUUAUAUAUCAACCAAAGAUAAAGACCACUGCUUUAUGCUUCACAAUGAAAAUUUUGCAUUUGUGAAGGAAAAAAGGCAAGAUGGAACUUUGGUAUGUGAUGUGCUGAGCCAAAAGGACACAAGAGACUUUUUUAAGAAGCCAUGUGAGUCAAGGCUAUUGAAUAUAGUCUAUGUUCAAAGAAAACGGACAAAGACAAAGUUAUUGCAAACCAAAGACCUUUACCGGAAAGUUGCUUGUCUCCCUUGUGAACAAGGGCAUGUCCUUUUUCCUCUCCUCCAUGGAAUGGAGCACAGGAAAUGAACACAAGUAACGCAUGUAAUAUUUACUAUUAUUCAAAAUAGUAGUGCACUGUUAGCAUCAUGUAGAAAAGGAAAUGUGUAGUUCUAAAUUAAAUAAUCUAAUUGUGUUUCAGGCAAUGGUAUACGCACGGGCUGUUUGGGUGGAGAAUGGGAAGCAGAUGGAAGGAGUUUUGCCAUUGAACUGGAUUGACACAGAGACCAAAGUGGUGCGAUGGCCUCUAAAAAACGUGUCUGUGGCACAUAAGCGCCUUUUACAACCACAAGAGGACUGGUUAAGCUUUGAAUUUGUUAAAGUCAAAGUCACAUCAGUAAGCCGACAGGAGUGUGAAAAAUAUAAUUACACCUCAGCUCAAACCGAAGAGGAGGACACAGUCAGUCAAAAGAGAAUGAAGAAAAGAAGGAAAUUUGAAGAUUAUGUUCAAGGGUCAGAUUUGUCUCCUGAGGAGGAUGAGUCCUUGCCAGACAAGAAAAAGGAGGAUACAGUGUUGCUUCCGGUUCCUCCGCCAAAGGGACAAAAUGCAAUGCUGCUCGAGUUACCUGCACCCCCAGAACUGGCUAACACCACCAUUAGACAACCAGAGAGUCCUGCAUCUUCAGACAUUUCUGGAUGUUCUUGUCCAACGCAUCACCGUUCACCCACAAGGUCUGAAUCCUUAGAAGCAUUUAGUCCAGAGUCAGCCAGGUCUAGGCUUUCACGCACACCUCAGCGUGGAGUUCGAAAGCCAUCACAGUCCGGGAGCAGAAAGAGUCGGGCGUCCUCAUCCAGAUCUAGGCGUUCUCGCACACCUCAGCGUGGAGUUCGAAAGCCAUCACAGUCCGGGAGCAGAAAGAGUCGGGCGUCCUCAUCCAGAUCUAGGCGUUCUCGCACACCUCAGCGUGGAGUUCGAAAGCCAUCACAGUCCGGGAGCAGAAAAGGUCGGGCGUCCUCAUCCAGAUCUAGGCGUUCUCGCACACCUCAGCGUGGAGUUCAAAUGCCAUCACAGUCCGAGAGAGGCUUAUUCCCCAUGUCUCAAGCUAAAUACCAGAAGUCAGUGCUUGGAAAGCUAGUUGAACUUCUUGAUGAGAUAAAAAGAGUCGGAAGGCACUAUGAGCCGCUGAAUUCUGCUGUCCAUGUUGCUAGGCUAGAAACCUUUGAAGAUUUUGCUGAAGAAGAGGCACGUCUCAAGGAACGCAACCUCUGGGAACAAAGGGUGUCCCAGCUCUCAAAGGUGGGAGGGAGGAAUAACAAAGACUGCGUCCAUAAAGUAAUGGACAGGCUUUUCACCAACAGCCUAAUGGCUACUUUCAACAUGAAGGGGCGGGGUCGCAGUGAGAAAAAAGCCUUCCAGGAUACCGUUCUUUACUCUGUGGUAAAAGGUAACUGCAUUUUUCAUGUUUAUACAGGUGUUUCUCAAAUUAGAAUAGUGGAAAAGUCCAUUAAUUUUAGGAAUUCAACUUAAAGGUCCAAUAUGUAAAUUUCUUCGCCGCUAGGGGUUGCUAACCUCUUACAAGACACGCGACACGAGUCCCGCGAAUAUAAAGGAAUAUUGACAAUUCUACCGAAAUACACGGAAGUGUUGAAUUACUACUCACAGCUCAGUUUAUUAGACGAAUGAAACUUGCAGCGCUGUUUCACUUGGUCAAACCGUUACACGAUCAAACUAAACUAGUGUAUUGUAAGUUAUAAUGUUAUUCUAUGUGUUAGUUUGUCUGUAUGAGACUAGCAGUAAUUUCAACAUUAGAAUAACAUACAGAUCCUAUUCUAACAUUUCAUCAUGUAAACUAUAUAACAUUGAUUAGUUUUACGUACAUUUUCUUACCUGUCUAAUAAAGUACAUGUAAGAGCAGCGUCAAGUGGAAGUUAGUCUCGGACGUAGAGCUCUCGACAUCUCGAAAACACCGCGCUGAUGUUGAUCCACGUUUUAGUUCUCCUUUUUUUAUCUAAAGUCUGCUUGCCAUGGUCCAUAAUGUUUGAACGAAACAACAAGCGUGCAGAUAGACAUUUCGAACUACACAGUUGUCCACGUCUGUCGCCUUGGUUACAAUCAGAGGGCUCUGGUUACUAUACAGCGGAAACCAGGGAGAACGUGGAUAUUACGUCAGUGACAGGC